AUGGUCGUUGUGAGGCAGUGGUGCACAAUUUUCACAAACGUUUCUCUGCCUGCCUUUUGCUGCAUCCUCAACCCCCCUGACGCUAAGACGCAGCUCCUGGCCUCAGUCAUGGACGCCCUCAACAGGGCGCUCGUGCGCUUCCAGCCCUUCAUCGCCUGGUUUCAGCGAGUCACUCACGGCUGGAACUGGUACCGCCUCGCCUUCCUCUUCAUCCCCGCCUUCAUCCGCGGAGAUCUCAAGUUCUUUAGCUUCUACCUUCCCUUCAUCUUUGGUCCUCUUCUCAAACGAGUUGUCGAUCAGUUUCAGGCUUAUCAUGACAAGAAAGACGAUGUGAAGGUCCAACUCAAGAUUUCCCUGGAAGACUAUGUGUCCUUCACCUACAGUGCCAUCAGAGACACCAUCAUUGUGUGGAUUUUCUUGGCCUUCUGCUACUGGAACGAGAACGACACGCGUGUCCUUGGAAAUUUUUACCUAUCCUCGUUCCUUGUGCCGAUGAUUCGUAUCUGCUUCCCAGGCAGAACAAAGGGGCCCCUCAAGAACGGCACUAGAAUGUGGGAUACAACUUGGGGAGAAGUUCUUGCCCAUGUCUUCAUCUUUGCGGGGUUGAUCGCCUCCUGGAAGAUUCAAGGAAUGGACCAGCUCUUCCUCGGUUUCCUCUUCCUGCUGGCCAUUCCCACCAUUCAGGAUCGCUUCUGGUGGAAGCCAACACAGCAUUUCUACCUGAUCUGCGCGAUCAUGUUGGUUUGUCUGCCAUUCCUCAGCGUCGGCAUCUCCUCGAGGUUCUUCCCCACCUACCUCGAGUACUUCCCCAAGUCCUUCUACCGGACCCUUUGCAUCUUCGCAAAUGCCAGGCCAAGAGUGAAAGAUUACUAUGCCGUGUUGGGGGUGUCGCCGGACACUGACAUGAAGACUAUCAAGAGAAUCUUCAGGCAGCUGUCGAUCGAGCUCCAUCCUGACAAGGUUGGAGACGACAAGGAGAAGCUUUCAAAGUUCCACGCCAUCCGCGAGGCGAGCGACAUGUUGACCAAGAAGCGCGCACAGUACGACAAGGCCAUCGAGAACCAGGAGCAGGACGAGAUGGCUCCUCGCUGCGAGAUGUUCAUGUACAUGAUGCACAUGUGGAUCGUCUACACGCUGCUGGACUGGGUGCAGGUGGAGGACACGACGGAGGCGAGCAAGAAAGCUCUCAAGAACUACAUCAUGAACGAGCGGGAGCUGGACUCCCGCAUCAACCUCGACGCCAUCGGCAUCGGGAAGGAGGACGAGGAAGGGAAGAACAAGUUGCGGGAGAUCGCGGACAAGCACGAGGCCGACCUGCCGGUCGUGCAAGGGCGCUUCAUCGCUACCGGCAACAGGGAAGACAUCAUGGCGAUGCGAACGCUGCUGAGGAAGCAGAAGGUGGAGCUGAAGCCGUUCCCCGAGGUCAAGGGCAAGCUCGUGGCCGUGCAGCAGCAGGUGGUGAUCGAGCCCAUGGAGGGAGAGGCGCUCAACGCCAUGGAGGACGGCUACAAGGGCUGGACGGCUACUGUAGAGGCCGUUGACAUCCUGACGUCCUCGGCCAAGACAGUCACCCUCGUAGUCGCUCGCCAUCAGUCCAACUUGGGACUUCGGCACGUGCUCACCUUCACGGAGAACUUGGGGAUGGAGCCGGAGAUGGGCUACAGCUCCUCCGUCACCCUCGCCCCUCCCAAGGGCUCCAGCCUCAGCCCCGUCAAGGCCAAGAUCGGGUGGCACCUCUACCCCGAGCGCAGCCAGGUCCUCGUGCUAGGCGCCAGUGACCCGAGCAUGGGAGACAAGGAUAUGCCGAAGCUGUCGGAGGAAGAAAACUUCUACUCGGGCUACAAGCUUGAGCUUUGGAACGACAAGACGCUUGUGGGCUACCAGCGUGUUUACAUCUACGACAGCAAGACAAAGUCUGUCAUCCUCAAGAGAGGACUUGUGGAGACUGGAGGAGGAGAUAUCGAGCCCGGCAAGACGACUUAUAAGAUCUUCCCUGACCAGCUCCUUCCCCAGGAUCGUGAUAGCUACACCCCCAACGACUUGAGCAGCGCGAGGGGAGCGUGAGAGUAGAAAGCGUGUAGCUUGUACUGCAAUCAAACAAAAGCGUGUAGCUUGUACUGCAAUCAAACAAAAGCGUGUAGCUUGUACUGCAAUCAAACAAAGGCGUGUAGCUUGUACCGCAAUC